AUGGCGAUGAAAGUGCACCUGGUGACCGCGGCGCUGCUGCUAGUGCUACGCGCGCGCGCUUCUGCCCCUGCGCAGUUUCCUGACCUACUACAACUACCGAGCUGGUGGCUCGGCGAGGGCGCCGAUCAAACUACCGACGUGCAAGUGGUGUAUCUGCCGGCGCUGUUACCGCGGGAAGCUCAGCAGUCAAGCGGCGGUAGCGACGAUGUGCCCGUUCCGUACAGCUUCGAUGCUUUCGGUCGGAGUUUCUCUCUACGCCUGGUCCCGAACCGGCGGCUAGUGGCGCGCGCAUUCGGCGUGUGGUCGGAGCGCGGGCGCGACGCGCCGCUGUCGGCGGUGGACGCCUCGUGCCACUUCCAGCACGCCGGCGUCGACGCCGUCGCCGCCUUCUCCGCCUGCAAGGACCAUGCAUUGCACGGGCUGAUUGUCGUAGACAACUCUACAUACGAGGUCCGGCCGCUGCCGGCGGGCGCCGGGCGGGCGGCGGACGGCGGACGCGCCGCGCACGUGAUCCGCCGCGCGCCGCCGCCGCGCGCGCCGCGGGACGACGCCCGCACGCUGCGCCCGAACCCGCGCCGCCCUCGAGCGCACUACCCGCACAAGCCGCCCCCGUCCAGCUACACCAUCGAGAUCGCCCUGUUCCUGGACGAAGCGGCCUACAAGACUUUCAACCCGUACUUUAAUUACAAGGAGACUGAAUUGAGGGAUAUGCUAUUGGCGUAUAUUAAUGGAGUGCAAGCACUCUACCAGCACUGGUCCCUCGGCACACACAUCCAGUUGUCCCUGGUGCGGCUGACGCUGCUCCGGGCGCAGCCUGCGGCGCUGUCGCGGCACGCUGAGCGCGGCCGCCUGUUGGACUCCUUCUGCGCGUAUCAACGGUCCCUCAACGUCGAAGAUGACAACGAUCCGGACCAUUGGGACAUGGCUUUACUUCUGUCAGGCUUGGACCUGUACUCCGAAGAAGGCGGUCGACGCAACGGCGUCACGAUGGGCCUGGCGCCGGUCGGCGGCGUGUGCCUGCCCGCGCACGCCUGCGUCGUGGCCGAGUUCGGCGCCGCCGACAUGCUGGGCCGGCCCUACCCCUCCGCCGGGUUCACCUCCGUCUACAUCCUCGCGCAUGAGAUUGGACAUAACCUGGGCAUGCAUCACGACGGCGCGGGCAACACAUGCGCGCGCGACGGCUACAUCAUGUCGCCGUCGCGCGGCACGCACGGCGAGGCCACCUGGUCGCCCUGCAGCGCGCGUGUUGUCGCCGAUCUACAGUGGGCCACGUGUUUGCUGGACGGCCAGGAGCCCGACGUGGAGGACGCGGAGGACGAGCUGCGGCACGAGCGCUUCGGCGGCGCGCCCGGGCUGGUGUGGGGCGCCAAGAAGCAGUGCGAGGUGUUACUCCGCGACGCAGACGCAGCGCCGACGACGGCGCCCGCCGCGUCGCUGUGCGAGCAGCUGACGUGCCGCACGCCGCACCGCGCCGGCUUUUACUACGCCGGCCCUGCCCUGCCCGGUACUCCCUGCGGACAUCGUAUGUGGUGCCAGGGAGGUGUCUGUGUGUCCAACGCCAAUGGACCGACCACUACGACCACGGUAGGACCCACCAAUGGAGGCAGUGUUGGCGGUUGGGGCGCGUGGCAUGAGGGCGCGUGCCGCUCGGGCUGCUCGCUGCGCUCGCGCGGCUUCCGCGAGCGCCGCCGCGGCUGCGCCUCCGGGACCUGCGACGGCGUCGGGUACGACGUUGUUAUCUGUGACGACUCUAAGGUUUGCGGUAAGAAGACGCGGGUGACGGCAAGCGAGCUGGCUGCGCGCAAGUGCGCGGAGUACGCGGCCGCGCUGCACAGCCUGGACCCGCGCGGCGGCGGCCUGCAGGCGCCCCACGACCCUACUCGUAUGUGGAUGGGGUGCGCGGUGUUCUGCCGGCGGGCGGCGGGCGGCGGGUUCUACGCGCCGCGGGUGGAGCUCAACGACAGGGGCCUGGACCCGUACUUCCCCGACGGCACGUGGUGCCACCACGACGGCUCGCAGGACUAUUACUGCCUGCAGCACCACUGCCUGCCGGAGAACUUCAAGAUGAAUGCCCAGUUUCACAUUUGGGAGCUUCCAAGCGAAGACGUCGGCGGGGCAUUUAACGCGCGGGCGCGCAGCACCCCUGAGGAUCCGGCGCUGGAGAGCUACUUAUCCCUGAACGCGGACGGCGUGCCCCUCACGCGCUCCGCCUUCCCCCCACAACUCCCAGACGAGCCCGAGUACCACUGGGAAGUCACGGACUACGUGGAUCUGCCAACAAACAAUGACACGCUAAAGUCAUGAUCAUGACACCGCCUCGCACGCUUGAAAGGAUCCCGAUAAUAUACUAAUUGGCCUGCCCGUUAUUUUGCAUUGAUAAGCCCCGAUAUCUUGCCCAAGUAAGAAUAAGUUAGUUUUUGAUUGAGCUGGGUUAAGUACCUCAUUUAGAUAAUUAGUGU